GUUGUUUUCCCUCAAGUCUCUUUGAAGAUGUCUGUAUAUGAACUGAUGGAUGACGUUUUAGUACUCUUGACUAUGCGCUGCUAGUGAGGAGUUAUUUGUCAUUUUCAGAGACAGAAUUAAUGUAUUGUGUUCCAAGAUGAACUCUGGUUAAACCAGCUUUUUGUUCCAUUAAAUGAAACUGAAUUGAAGAGGACACUGUACGUUGUUUGCUGCGUAAAUUCGGACUUUGGCUAAGGGGAGCAGUUAUCUAUUCGGUCCUCAGAACUGUUUAAUACCAUGGUCCAGGUCACUGUCAUCAGCCUCACCAGCAUCAUCUCUAUCAAACUUGGACACAGAUCAGAAGCUAAAGAUGGUAUAAAUAGAACAGCCUUAAGAGAGAUAAAAUUAUUACAAGAGCUAAGUCAUCCAAAUAUAAUUGGUCUCCUUGAUGCUUUUGGACAUAAAUCUAAUAUUAGCCUUGUCUUUGAUUUUAUGGAAACUGAUCUCGAGGUUAUAAUAAAGGAUAAUAGUCUUGUGCUGACACCGUCACACAUCAAAGCCUACAUGUUGAUGACGCUUCAAGGGUUAGAAUAUUUACAUCAACAUUGGAUUCUACAUAGGGAUCUGAAACCAAACAACUUGUUGCUAGAUGAAAAUGGAGUUCUAAAACUGGCAGAUUUUGGCCUGGCCAAAUCAUUUGGGAGCCCCAAUAGAGCAUAUACACAUCAGGUUGUAACCAGGUGGUAUCGGGCCCCUGAGUUACUAUUUGGAGCUAGAAUGUAUGGUGUGGGUGUGGACAUGUGGGCUGUUGGCUGUAUACUAGCAGAAUUGCUUCUAAGGGUUCCUUUUUUGCCGGGAGAUUCAGACCUAGAUCAACUAACAAGAAUAUUUGAAACCCUGGGCACACCAACAGAAGAACAGUGGCCUGAUAUGUGUAGUCUUCCAGAUUAUGUGACAUUUAAGAGUUUCCCUGGAAUCCCAUUACAACACAUCUUCAUUGCAGCAGGAGACGACUUGCUAGAUCUCAUUCAAGGCUUAUUCUUAUUUAAUCCGUGUACUCGAAUUACAGCCACACAGGCAUUGAAAACUAAGUAUUUCAGCAAUCGGCCAGGACCAACACCUGGGUGUCAGCUGCCAAGACCAAACUUUCCAGCGGAAACUUUAAAAGAGCAGACAAACCAAGCAGUGGCAACAAAACGGAAAAGAACAGAGGCCUUGGAGCAAGGUAAAAGUCCCAUGGUCAUAAGAAAUGCUCAGAAAACUCCAAAUAGCUAUGACUGAUGAGCAGCUAAGAAAAUUUGAUUGUGAGCUAUUCACUUUUUAUAAAUGUAAAUUGUAUAAAGUAGGUAGAAGAUUGCUAUUUUAAUUCUUUGCUUCCAUUGGGAAUAUAUAUUGUGCCCUUUAAAAGUGUAUGGGCACUUUUGAAUAUACUUCAGGUUAUGGGAACUAUCAAUGUGUGGCCUCUUCCCUUCAUAAAUUUCUUUCGGUACACUGUGUACUUGAUGUUUAACAAGUGGUAUUCGAAUAGCUAAGUAAGUAAUAAGGAAAACAAAUGUAGUUGGAGUGCAAUGAUUCGAUAAAAAUUACUAUAAACUUAAAUGUGAACAAACUUUUCUUUUUUUACU